GGUUUCUCUUUCUUUUUUUCUUUUUUUUUUAUAAUUUGGUUGUAGAGGUGUGUGUUGCUGCGAGCAAAUAGCGCUGUAGAUUACGUAAGAGUCUCUCUCUCCCUCUCUCUGGAAGAGGGCCUUGUUGUGAUUGUUUCCUUCUUCUACAGCUUCUAAUCGAAUUCGUAUCGAAUUGAAAGUUUUGACCUUUCGUCGUCCCUCUAUUCUUGAUUAGCAACCCUAAAACUAAAAUCGCCGAGAGAAUUUUCUCCGUUUGUUAUUGGAUCUCUACCAAAUUGGGCGUUGGUUUUGGAAUAAUGCCACCGUUUAUGUCUGGCCUGAGAGCUGUAUCUUCCUUAAUUUCAUGUCGAAACGCGAUUAGCAGGAACCUGGUUAGUCGUUCGGGGAUCCGUCGGGGGAGUUUUGUAUCCGAUCAAAUUAGGAGAUUUGGUUCUCUUUCCGGCGUCGAGAGAUGUUCUUCUAAUUGGCUGAUGUCCAGUGAUGACGCUAGAGUCUCAUUCGGGAGAUUACCCAGCUCUGUGAGCUUACUUCAGAGACGGCAUUUUCUGGGUUGUGGAGAUGGGGAAGAAGGUGGUGGUGAGUUAUCAAAGAUCUACGAAGAGAGACGUGUUUUAGGGUAUUCUCCGGAGCAAUUGUUUAACGUAGUUGCAGCUGUAGACUUGUACCACGGAUUUGUUCCUUGGUGUCAACGCUCCGAGGUUCUUAAAGAAUACCCAGAUGGCUCAUUUGAUGCUGAAUUGGAGAUUGGUUUCAAGUUUCUUGUUGAGAGUUACAUUUCCCAUGUCGAAUCUGAAAGGCCGAAAUGGAUUAAGACAACAGCGAGGGACACCGGCCUAUUUGACCAUUUGAUAAACCUCUGGCAAUUUAAGCCAGGACCCAUUCCAGGAACCUGCGACCUUCAUUUCCAUGUAGAUUUCAAAUUCAACUCACCUCUCUAUCGCCAGGUGGCUUCAAUGUUCUUAAAGGAGGUAGCAACAAGACUUGUAGGGGCAUUCAGUGAUCGUUGCCGACUAGUGUAUGGUCCAGGAGUCCGAGUAGAUGAAAACGCAUAUGAGCAAAGAGCUUGAGACAUAUCUAUAUAUAUAUAUAUAAUGGAAGUAACACAUCAGUUUAGUUUUCAUCUUGUUUGCUAGAGAUCGAUUGCGCGCAUAGCAUGUUUUGUUUUUUCAUAUAUAUGAAUGCUUUUGCAUAAGAAAAUGAACACAUUAGAUGUUUGUUUAAUGUAAAAGCAGAAAAUAAACACAUCCAUUUCUCUUUUGGAGUCAUUUUUUCUUUUA